UGAUCUUGAGUUCUUCGUAACUUGCUAGUGCUCAGCCUCCUCAUGCCUCCGUCUCCUUUAGACGACAGGGUAGUAGUGGCGCUUUCGAGGCCAGUGAGACCUCAGGAUCUCAACCUUUGUUUAGACUCUAGCUAUCUUGAAUCUGCCUCUUCUGCCAGCGAGAGCCACUCCAGUCUGCUCGGUGCAGCUGUUGUGUCCCUAAAGACUGCUAAUCUCACGUAUAUGCCCUCAUCCAACGGCUCUGCACGCUCCCUGAGUUGUGGAUGCAGCAGUGCCAGUUGCUGCACUGUGGCAACGUACGACAAGGACGCUCAGGCCCAAACUCAAGCGAGCACCAGCAGCGCCCACGCCGGAUCCUCCACCGCCUGUCCUACCAACCAAAUGGUCAACAGCAAUGAGAACGCCGGCAGCUUGAGCCCGCUGGGUGGGGUGGGGAGCCCGGUUUCAGCCACCACCAAGCAACUCGCUAGCAUCAAAAUCAUUUAUCCCAAUGACCUGGCGAAGAAGAUGACCAAAUGCAGCAAGAGCCACCAACAGAACCAAGGGCCUGUCAUCAUUGACUGCAGGCCGUUCAUGGAGUAUAAUAAGAGCCACAUUCAAGGGGCUGUCCACAUUAACUGUUCUGACAAGAUCAGCCGGAGAAGGCUCCAGCAGGGCAAGAUCACUGUCUUGGACUUGAUCUCCUGCCGGGAAGGCAAGGACUCUUUCAAGAGGAUCUUUUCCAAAGAAAUCAUAGUUUAUGAUGAGAAUACCAAUGAGCCAAGCAGAGUAAUGCCUUCCCAGCCGCUCCACAUAGUGCUGGAGUCGCUCAAGCGAGAAGGCAAGGAACCCCUAGUCCUAAAAG